UGUGAGAUAGAGAAUCUGUUCAUGAUAAUGUCAGUUCGAAGAAAAGUAUUUGAAUGGUUUCCUCAUUCUAGUUAUCUUUUGGUACUCCUUUGCGUAUUUUGUUGCUUGUUUAUUUGUGUUGACAGCUUGCAAAACCAGCAACGAUUCAACGUUAUAUCAGGGAAACAGAGUGUUGUAGACAACUUGGCUCACCACUCGAGUUGGUUUCCAAACACUCCAACACGAACUUCUGUUACCGGCGACUUGGCAGAAGAAACAACUAAAGGAAUAAGUAAACUAUUCCCUUUUCUUGAAAGGAUGGAUAGAAGAGCCUUUCUUCCUUCUUUCAUUCAGUCACUUUUCAUGAUUCUUGUGACGGAACUAGGAGACAAAACUUUCUUUAUUGCGGCAAUCAUGGCCAUGAAAAACUCACGCAUUUUGGUAUUUCAAGGAGCACUAUGUGCACUUUUAUGUAUGACCCUUUUAUCUGUCGCACUGGGUAAAACGUUUCCUUUGUUAUUUAGUAAGAAAUACACGAGCUUAGCUGCCGGGGUUUUAUUUGCUUAUUUUGGCAUUCAGUUAUUAAGAGAUUGGUGGAUAUCUCGUUCAAAUAAUACUUCAAAUGUAGAUGACGAGUUGAAUGAAUUGGAGGAACAAAUUACUACAGGAUCUUAUCACAGUGAGUCAUCCGAAAGUCGACUUCAUAUGAGUCUGAGUUCCGAUUCAAUUGGUUCACGCAACAAAUAUGCGAGAAGCAAUAGUUCAUCUGCUUCCAAUGGUCAACUUCAUCAUAACACGACCGCUCCAACAUUUUAUCCAUUUGUUUCCCAUGUGGCGUUACAGUUGUUCUCACCUGUAUUUGUUCGUUCAUUUAGUUUAACAUUUUUAGCUGAAUGGGGAGAUCGUUCUCAAGUGGCAACUGUUGCAUUGUCAGCUUCGAAAGAUAUGUACGGUGUUUGUAUCGGUGCUAUUGCUGGUCAUUUUGUGUGUACUGGUUUAGCUGUACUUGGGGGAAGAUUACUUGCUAGUCGAAUAUCGGAACGAACAGUUGGUUUUAUUGGAGGCAUACUAUUUCUUGUCUUUUCGGUUCUUUCUUUUUCUGGACAAUUGGAAUAAAUAUGUCAAGAUACGCAUUCUCCUCCCUUUUAAAAAAUGGAAAGAAAAAUGAGCCAUUCUAA